AUGCUUCUUUACGUGGGGCUGCCGGUUAUGUGGGACUUGCAUGAUUCCGAUCGUGAUGGGUGGGCGACAGAUUUUGCAGACAUUUUGACCAGUCAGAGGAACGUUGUCAUUGCAAUCAGUGUCUUCGUCGCGCGCCAGGUGCAUUGGCAGUUUGGCGUUCGCAUACCGACGCUUAGACCCCUUGGGCUGCACGCGCUGGCGAUGCACGUGCCCUUGCGGAAUUCCUCUGUUCUCGUCAGCCGCUUUGGAACCAGUGGAGGGUUCUCAGAAUGCAUGUUCGACAAAUUCGCAGAGGUGAACAGGCACUGGUUCCCUCUACACUUCAUACAGAUGGAGGCUAUUCUCUUUGAGGAGCACCUAGCCUUCACAGGAGACGAUGAGCUUGAAAAUGCGAAGACGUGGCAGGAGCACACGAGUGAGAUCAAGGUGCCUCACAUGCCCUACAACAAGUUGGCCUCCCACCGUGCUGUGGUGUGCAUGCCGUACGACACCAGCAUAUUCCUAUUCAAUGAGUUCUACUCCACCAACAUGCCAGUUCUUGUACCCAGGGACCUAUGGCGAUGGCUCAUCGGGCCAGUCACUUCACCCAUGAUGGAGUACCGUCAUUGGACGGCUGAGGCGCUGGAGUCUGAUGUCUCAGUAGGCCUAGGGCCCAUACCAGGCAGUUCACCCUUUUAUGCUUCCGUCCACCGCCCAAUGGCGGUUGAGCAAGCUCUGGAGUGGUCUGUGUACAGCGACUGGGCUAUGCUUCCGCACCUCAUCUACUUCGAUGGUGUGCCGGACCUGUUCCUCAAGCUCCUGGACACGGACAUCUUGCAUGCAGCCUCUAUCAAGAUGAAGGUUUUCAACGACGAGGAACUCGUCUUGGCGGUGGAGAACUGGAGGAAGGUUGCCAACAGGCUCGUCUACGCUGCACAGGAGGCUGCCUACCCGGAAGCUGCGCGCCAAAGAAUGGCACAUCCGAACACGACGCCAUCCGGAAAACAGGGAGCACAACGUGCGGCAUGA